AAAAACCUCAUUCUGUCUGGGGAACUUUUGCAUUAGAAAGAACCCUUGAGAAAUCUUGGAAACACCGUCAGAACAACAACAUGCAUUGGGACUCUUACUCUCUGCGUCACUGACUUAAUCACUCUCUUUGUUUAUUUUUAUUUGAAAUUCAUUUUUGGAGAUGAUGGAUGUUCACCUGGAGCAUCAUGAACUGCAGUGCCUCCCUCCUCGGAGAAUGUCCUGCUUACGUGGGUGUGAAUUCACUCGUAAUUGACGUCAUGAAUUGAUCCGAACAGCUUGCAGUGUGGAGAUCUGACGCUGCAGCUCGUUCUAGUGAAGCCUGCUGCUUCUCUGACCACUAACACAUCCAGUAACAUCCAGGCAGCGUGCUGCGCUCUCUGCUGCUGCUCCUCCUCAACACCUCUGAGAUACUGGGUGGCGCCAGCAGCAGCCACUAAGGGGAAGGUUAAGAAAGGCAUUUUUUUUUGGAAAAUACAGGCACUUUGAUUGGCUCAAGCAGCAGUGGACGUGGAUUUAGGUAAAUCUAUGCGCAAAGAUGGGUCUGCUGACUGAAGACAUUGCAUUUCACUCCAACAUACCUGUGCCGCUGGACAUAACUGUGGCUGUGAUCUACUCAGUUUUUGGAAUCUGUUCCCUGUUUGGCAACAGCACUCUGCUAUACAUCUCCUACAAGAAAAAGCACCUCCUGAAGCCUGCCGAGUACUUCAUCAUCAACCUCGCCGUUAGUGACUUGGGCUUGACUCUGUCCCUUUACCCCAUGGCUAUAACUUCAAGCUUCUACCACCGGUGGCUCUAUGGGAAAACCGUGUGCUCCAUAUACGCAUUUUGCGGCAUGCUGUUUGGCAUCUGCAGUCUGACCACUCUAACCCUGCUAAGCGUGGUGUGCUGUGUUAAAGUAUGUUAUCCGCUCUACGGAAACAGGUUUAACUCUGUCCACGGCUGCCUGCUCAUUGCCUGUGCUUGGGUCUAUGCCCUGUUGUUUGCCUGUUCCCCCCUGGCCCACUGGGGGGAGUACGGACCAGAGCCUUAUGGCACCGCCUGUUGCAUUGACUGGCGCCUGUCCAAUGAGCACACCACUGCACGCUCUUACACUGUGGCGCUGUUCAUCUUCUGCUACAUCCUUCCGUGCUGCGUGAUUUUAGCGUCCUACACAGGCAUUCUGGUCACUGUACAGGCGUCCCGCAAGACCAUGGAGCAGCAUUCAUCAAGGCAGACACACAUGAGCAGCAUCCAGAUUAUAAUUGUUAAGCUAAGUGUAGCUGUCUGCAUUGGUUUCUUUGCUGCAUGGAGUCCAUAUGCUGUGGUGUCCAUGUGGGCUGCCUUUGGACACGUUGAAAACAUCCCUCCUCUGGCAUUCGCCAUGCCAGCCAUGUUUGCCAAGUCCUCCACCAUCUAUAACCCCAUCAUCUACCUGACGCUAAGACCGAACUUCCGCAGGAUAAUGUGCAGGGACAUAGGUACACUAUGCCAUGCCUGUCUGAGGGGCUGCCUCUGCCAGCGGUGCUCCACAAAGUGCUCCUCAAAGCAAAAGAUCAGGGUCAGACUUCGUACAGUCCACAGACAGACCAACCGCUUCCCGUCAGCCAACUCCUCUGCUCAGCCACCUCCUGUAGCAUUUAAGGACCAUGACUGUGAGAAGUGCAAGGACGCCUUUGAAUGCUUCAGCCACUACCCUCAAAUGUGUGGCGUCACUAACCUGGCUACCAGUGGAGACCUGUCAAAGGAUCAACACACUCCAGUUUCCCAAAUACAAAAGCUGGAGGCUGAAGCUCUGCACGCCAAAGCAAAAAGGACUUCAGAAACAGACAACUUCCAUAUUAAUUUAGAGAUGGUUCCAGGGCAGGCUAAAGUGGCUUGGCCAUGAUAUUUGUUUAUUUCUAUGUAUAAUAUAAUUUCAUAUGUAAAAUAUAAUAUUAAUAUUUAAAAUAUAAUAAUUUAUAUAAUUUACAGAAUAUUUCUUAACAUUUUUGCAGGUUGUUUUCUUUAAAAUGUGCAAUUACUUUAUUUAUAUUGCGGGAAAUCUUGUUCAGGAAUUAAUAAUAUACUGCCUUAGUGUUUGGGCAGCAACCAUGUAAUAUAUUUAUGCAUCUCGUCUUUUCUCUUCUUCUCCAAAUGCCAGAUGUGCAUUUCUUUGGCUAAUUUGACAGAAGACAGAAUGGCAGCUUUAUCUGGAAGGGUACAUUUAAUUUUCAGCUCCCUUCGUUUUUAAGUGAGUUGUCAAAUACUUGCACAUCUAAUCUGCACUUACGCUAUGUUAGUUUAUGUUAUGUAUGUUGUAUAUAUAGUGUGUAUACUUCACCUCCUUAAUUUCUAGUUGUGUUUUCUUGCUUUUCUUACUGUCACUUUCCUGCUGUGAUGUUGCAAAUAUACCCUUGUGGGACCGAUAAAGGAUAUUCUAUUCUAUUCUACUGACAAUAAGUUUGCAAAGUGUAAACAUCCCAAUAUUUUUUAUUAUUUGCACUUAAUCCAUCUCUGAAAUUAAAUUUUAGACUUGUUUUUGAAGCUUGAUUCAUUUAAACCAAACCAAAAGAAACAAAAAAGAUGAACUGAUUUUUUUUAAAAUUUUUUUUUACCAAGUGAAUUAAUUUGAAAUUUGAAAAUUAAAUUAUUCUACUGACUCAAACACAUCCUCAAGCUCAUUUGGAAGAAAGUGAUUCCAGCUUCAUCAAAUUAAAUGGAAAAAAACAAAACAAAAACAAACUGUGAAUAUUAAAAAAAAUAGAUUUUGAGGUUUGGAGUGUUUUUCAUCGAUUCACAUGUCCAUUGCUCAUUUUUGACUAUUUGCUAAAAGUUCAUAAUAUAGUAAAUGUAUAUUUCUAGUGCUGAUUCCAUGGCUAAUGCUACCCUUAAAUGAAAGCUGGCAUUCUGCACUUCUAAUAUAUUUCUGAUGAACGCUGUGCAAACAAUUGCAGGCCUUAUUAACUACUUAAUAUUAUUUUUAAUAGACAUUUGCUGCUGGUAUGUCUUUAAUUGUUUUUAAAAUGUUCUUUUAAUUAUUUUUUGAUGUAUGGCAGUCACUUCUAUUAUGUCGCCAUAUUAAAGUUGUAUUUAUUUUGAUUGAAUUUACUAUAUAAUUGAUACAGUGCUGUAGUAAUCUUGAGUUUGAAUGAUGACUUUGUUGUGAAAGGAGCAUAACAUGUAUUCUGUGAUUUCUAAAGUAAAUAGUGAAGACUUUGGAUGUUUGUGACAGCAACACAUCCAUAUAUAGUCGUGAGAACUACAAACCACCUCAUUUCAGUAACAUUUCCUAUAAAAUGCCAGUCCAAGUAUUGUUUACACUUGAAAACUGCAGGUAUAUAGUUAUAGAUGGUGCUUUAUCAGCUAUCUAUGAACACACUGUGCAUAAAAAUACUUUUAACACAUGGUACAGUUCUGUCUAUAUGCAUUGCACAAUCUUCAAGUCAGCUGUUAUCAUGUUCACAAUGGAAUGCAAUUGACUGCCAAACAAUAUAAUGUAUAUUUAUGUCACUACAACAGAUGGAAAGCGAAGAAAGAAAAACAAAAAAACUCACACAAGCCAAAUAAUGCUUCUGUAGAUAUUCAUAGUUUGUUAAUUGGUGUUGAAAAUCUAUUAAGUUAAUGUCAUCUGUAAUUGUGUGUAAAUCCAUUUUGUAAAGAAAACGUGGCUAGAAUGGGAUCUGGGUAAUUACAUUUCAAGCCAUUGUUUGAAUUUCUCAGCUGGUCACAGAAAUGUUUCUCUCAAAUAAGCUGAUCCCAAGAGUCUACAUCUAUUUCAUCUAAAUAAAAUAUUGUUGUUUUACAUUACACGUUUGUGUCGCACGUCUUAUGUUGCAAAGUCUGUUCCUUUUGAUGAAUAAUCAUACUUAAUUAAAUGUUGUCUGUUGAUCCACAGGGUGAAUUUUAAACACCACCAUUUAAUCUGAUUAAUAAAAUGGAUGUAAUCACUGUUAACAAA